AGGAUGCAACAGCAGAAAUUAUGAUAACAACACUUGGAAAAAUACCAAAUGAAAUGUAUUAUUUGGAGGACACAACUUUCAGCGGUAAAACCGUUUCUUCCAGCAACGAAUUACAUACGAUACUUGAUAACAAUCUUACCACAUUGACUCCAAUCGAAACUGUUAAAUCUGAAUAUACAGAACGUUCGACACUGCUACUCAUUUUACUGACUGCACUUUUAAUCAUAUUAUUUAUGUGCUGCAUCACAGCGUGCAUAAUCGCGAGAUCCAGGAGCAGGCACGCUUUCUUCACAAAAAGCGACAUCGAGUGCGAUCCGGAAUGCAGUGGCGUAAAUCAGCCUUUGCUACGUUUAGACAGGGUAAACAAGACCUCUGAUACCACUAGAACCAGUGAUAAUUCCACGAAGAAUUGAACAGAGUCACGUU